AUGGCUACUAUUCAAGAUAUAGGACUCUCUGCGGCUAUCAACAUACUGGGUGCUGUAGUGUUCCUACUUGCAUUUGCUUUCCUUCGGUUGCAGCCAAUCAAUGAUAGGGUUUACUUCCCAAAAUGGUACCUCAAAGGCGCAAGAGAGAGUCCAAGUCAUGGGGGUACAUUUGUCCGGAAAUUUGUCAAUUUGGACAUGCGUUCAUACUUGAAAUUCUUAAGUUGGAUGGCUGCUGCUCUCAAAAUGCCUGAGGAUGAGUUGAUUAGCCAUUCAGGUCUGGAUUCAGCUGUGUAUCUGAGGAUUUACUUGGUCGGAAUUAAAAUAUUUGCUCCAAUCUCAGUUCUAGCUUUCAUUGUUCUUGUCCCUGUUAAUUGGACCAAUGAUACCCUGCAAUUCUCGAAGGUAGAGCACAGCAAUGUUGAUAAGCUCUCGAUAUCAAACAUACCAGUUGGAUCAAAAAGGUUUAUAGCCCACUUGGCAAUGGCUUAUGUUUUCACAUUUUGGACCUGCUAUGUACUAUUACGUGAGUAUGGAAUAGUUGCAAACAUGAGACUGCGAUUUCUUUCAUCAGAGAAACGCAGACCAGAUCAGUUCACGGUCCUUGCGCGGAAUAUACCGCCUGAUCCAGAUGAAUCAAUUAGUGAGCUUGUGGAACAUUUCUUUCUUGUGAAUCAUCCUGAUCACUAUCUGACGCAUCAGGUUGUUUACAAUGCAAAUAAGCUUGCUAAAUUGGUGAAAGAGAAAGCAAAGAUGCAGAAUUGGCUUGACUACUAUCAGCUGAAGUUUGAAAGAAAUGCAUCUAAAAGGCCUACUACUAAGACUGGUUUUCUUGGUUGUUUUGGUACGAAGGUGGAUGCUAUUGAAUACUACACAUCAGAAAUUGAGAGGAUAGAAAAUGAAGAAGCAGAAGAACGUGAAAAAAUUGUAAAGGAUCCCAAAUCAGUUGUCCCAGCAGCAUUUGUUUCCUUCCGAUCACGUUGGGGUGCAGCAGUUUGUGCUCAGACACAACAAACCAGUAAUCCAACUGUUUGGUUGACUGAAUGGGCUCCAGAACCUCGCGAUGUGUACUGGGAUAAUUUGUCUAUUCCAUUUGUCUCCCUUACAGUUCGAAGGCUGAUAGUUGCAGUGGCAUUCUUCUUCCUGAACUUCUUUUAUGUGAUCCCAAUAGCAUUUGUUCAGUCUCUUGCAAAUCUUGAAGGGAUCGAGAAGGCAGCUCCGUUUCUGAAGCCUCUGAUUGAAGAGCCCACUAUUAAAUCAUUCAUCCAAGGUUUCCUUCCGGGAAUUGCUCUGAAGAUAUUCCUUAUAUUGCUCCCUAGCAUAUUAAUGUUUAUGUCUAAGGUUGAAGGAUUGACCUCAAUAUCUUCACUGGAGAGAAGAUCUGCAUCCAAAUAUUAUAUCUUCAUAUUCUUCAAUGUGUUUCUGGCAAGCAUUAUUGCAGGAUCUGCUUUAGAGCAGCUAAAAAGCUAUAUUCAUCAGUCAGCAAAUGAAAUACCAAGGACAAUUGGUGAAGCAAUUCCAAUGAAGGCAACCUUUUUUAUAACAUAUACAAUGGUUGAUGGUUGGGCUGGGGUAGCUGGUGAAAUAUUAAGAUUGAAGCCACUAGUGAUCUUCCACUUGAAAAACUUUUUCUUGGUCAAGACUGAGAAAGACAGAGAAGAGGCAAUGGACCCUGGAAGUAUUGGCUUUGACUCAAGUGAACCUCAAAUUCAGCUAUAUUUCUUACUUGGUCUUGUCUAUGCGGCAGUGACACCAUUUUUGCUCCCUUUUGUAUUGAUAUUCUUUGGGUUUGCGUACGUUGUGUACCGCCACCAGAUAAUAAAUGUGUAUAAUCAAGAAUACGAGAGUGCAGCAGCAUUUUGGCCAAGUGUUCAUGGACGUAUAAUCACAGCAUUGAUUGUAUCACAGCUGCUUCUCCUUGGAUUACUUAGCACAAAAGGCGCUGGCCAGUCAACACCUGUGCUCCUUGUUCUUCCUGUAGUAACCUUUUAUUUCCACAAAUACUGCAAGAACCGCUAUGAACCAACUUUUGUAAAAUGCCCAUUGCAGGAGGCAAUGAAGAAGGAUACCCUAGAACGUGCCAGAGAGCCAGGAUUUGAUCUCAAAGGAUACCUAAUGAAUGCCUACAUCCACCCAGUGUUCAAAGGUGAUGAAGACGAUGAGAAGUUCUCAAUUACCGAUGAACCAGAAACAGAGCAAGUUCUGGUGGCAACCAAGCGGCAGUCCAGGCGGAACACCCCUGUGCCCAGUAAAUACAAUGGGUCGGAAUCACCUUCCCUUCCUGAUAUUGUAAAUGAUCAACGGCUAUAA